AUGGGCUGUGGCACAAGCAAGUCACCACAUGCCCCUCAACGUCAGAAACGAGAAGCGGCUCGCUCGUCACGACUUUUUUCUACGGCUGCGGAGCAAAGGGCAGCCGGCCGACCAACUCCUUCUACGGUUCAAUCCCCAGCGGAGGUUCGAUCGACUCGCCGGGCGCGUCUCGCCAGUCCUGAACUUGUUGAGCGGCAAGCAUCAUCAAACACACCACGAACUGCAUCCCUUAUUGUAGAGCACGGAUCAUCUUCCCGGUCAAGCCCUGCCGCAGUUCCAUCUCCAGCGGAGGCUCGGACGACUGGCCGGUCGCGUCUCGCCGGUUCUGAACCUCCUGCGCAACGAGCAUCAUCUGAACCGCAACGAAGUGCUUCCCUUCUUGUACAGCAAGGGUCAAGUAACCUAUUGCCUGUUCCCAAUAUUCACGCUAUAGCAAAACGAGGAUCAUCCCCAUUAUCCUCCACUUCUUCUCCUACUGUGCCAGAAGCAGAGCUGGAGCCGCGAAAUCUGUUCGCCACUUCGGAACGAAAAGGAACCGAAAAGCCUCAAGCUCCCGGCAGUGCUAUGGCGCAAGAAGUAGACCUCCGCCCAAGACUUCCCUGA